AUGGGAAUGCUCCGAGGCUCCCGGAGCCGCCGCCUCCGGCCCCGCCGCUGCCCGCCCCGCGGGCCCUUCUUCCGCGCCACCUUCGCCUUCGUCUUCGCGCCCGCGCAGCCAGCCGUGCCGGUGGCGCCGCCCUCGCAGGUGCGCCAGAACUACCACGCCGACUGCGAGGCCGCCGUCAACGUCCAGAUCAAUCUGGAGCUCCACGCCUCCUACGUGUACCUGUCGAUGGGCUACUACUUCAGUCGCCACGACGUGGCCCUAAAGCACUUCUUCGAGUUCUUCCUGCAGCUGUCGCGCAAGGAGAAGGAGCUCGCCGAGAGGCUGAUGCAGCUGCAGAACCUGCGUGGAGGCCGCAUCCGCCUUCGCGACAUCAGGAAGCCAGACUUCAACGACUGGGAGAGCGGCCUGAAGGCCGUGGAGUGCGCUCUGCACCUGGAGAAGAGAGUCAACCAGGGCCUGCUCGAUCUGCACCAGCUGGCCACCGACAAGAAGGAUCCCCAUCUGUGCAGCUUCCUGAAGCGUCACUGCCUGAAGGAGCAGGCCAAGUCCAUGAGAGAGUUGGGGGACCAUCUCACCAACCUGCGCAAGAUGGGGGCCCCGGAAGACGGCAUGGCCGAGUACCUCUUCGACAAGCUCACCCUGGGGGACGGCAGUAAGAACUGAGUUUGGACUGCCCUCCCCACGGCCACC